AUGAACUCCUCUCAGGUUUCACUCUUCACAUUCAGCGCCUACUUAGACGUUGGGGUUUUGAGAUAUUUCUUGUUCCUGGUCGUCCUGCUGCUGUACGUCCUGAUUGUUGCUGCUAACGUGGCUGUGAUGCUGCUGAUCUGCACAAACAGGAGCUUACAUGAGCCUAUGUACAUGUUCCUGUGCAGCCUGUUUGUUAAUGAGUUGUAUGGCAGCACAGGCUUGUUCCCGUUCCUCCUGGUCCAGAUCCUCUCAGACCUCCACACGGUUCCUGCUCCGCUCUGUUUCCUGCAGGUUUUUGUGGUUUAUUCUUACGGUUGUGUGGAGUUUGCAAACUUAGCCGUCAUGUCGUAUGACCGGUACCUGGCUAUCUGCUGCCCUCUGCAGUAUCAUUCACGCAUGACCACAUCCAAGGUCGCUGUGCUCGUUGCUCUGAGCUGGUUGUCCCCAUUUCUUUCCAUCUCUGUUUUGAUUUCUUUAAUCGUUCCUCUGCAGCUUUGUGGAAACAUCAUCAACAAAGUCUACUGUGACAACUACUCCAUCGUUAAACUCUCCUGCUACGACACAACAGUCAAUAACAUCUAUGGACUCGUUGCCACGUCUCUUACCAUCUUAUGCCCCGUGUCUCUUAUUUUUUACACCUACAUGAAGAUCCUUAGAAUCUGUUUCUCUGGCUCUAAGCAGACGAGGCAAAAAGCCGUCAGCACCUGCACACCUCACCUGGCCUCGCUGCUCAACUUCUCCUUCGGCUGCUUCUUUGAAAUAUUACAGAGCAGAUUUAACAUGAACAAUGUCCCCAACAUGCUGAGAAUAUUCUUGUCUUUAUAUUUCCUGACAUGUCAGCCGCUCUUCAAUCCGCUAAUGUACGGACUGAACAUGUCAAAAAUCAGCAUCAUAUGUAAAAACCUGAUACUGAAUUUCCUGCAGUUUUCAUGAAGAUUCACUUGUAUGUUUGAUGAAUCAAAGUGUGGACAGAUGUUAAUGAGCAAAGACACGUUCACCCAUUCAGACCAGGAUGAACCCGUUAACGCCACCAUUCAUGUGUUCAUCUGCUUUAAACACUGA